AUGAGAGAUGAUGAUGAUGCUGAUAAUGAAGGUGUAAAUAGGGCUGAGACAGGGUGGAAACAUGAUAAUGAAGGUGUAAUUAGGGCUGAGACAGGGUGGAAACAUGGUAAUGAAGGUGUAAUUAGGGCUGAGACAGGGUGGAAACAUGGUAAUGAAGGUGUAAUUAGGGCUGAGACAGGGUGGAAACAUGGUAAUGAAGGUGUAAUUAGGGCUGAGACAGGGUGGAAACAUGAUAAUGAAGGUGUAAAUAGGGCUGAGACAGGGUGGAAACAUGAUAAUGAAGGUGUAAAUAGGGCUGAGACAGGGUGGAAACAUGAUAAUGAAGGUGUAAUUAGGGCUGAGACAGGGUGGAAACAUGGUAAUGAAGGUGUAAAUUGGGCUGAGAUAGGGUGGAAACAUGAUAAUGAAGGUGUAAAUAGGGCUGAUACAGGGUGGAAACAUGAUAAUGAAGGUGUAAAUAGGGCUGAGACAGGAUGGAAACAUGAUGAUGAAGGUGUAAUUAGGGCUGAGACAGGGUGGAAACAUGGUAAUGAAGGUGUAAUUAGGGCUGCGGACAGGGUGGAACCAUGAUAAUGAAGGUGUAAAUAGGGCUGAGACAGGGUGGAAACAUGGUAAUGAAGGUGUAAUUAGGGCUGAUACAGGGUGGAAACAUGGUGAUGAAGGUGUAAAUAGGGCUGAGACGGUGGAAACAUGGUAAUGAAGGUGUAAUUAGGGCUGAGACAGGGUGGAAACAUGGUAAUGAAGGUGUAAUUAGGGCUGAGACAGGGUGGAAACAUGGUAAUGAAGGUGUAAUUAGGGCUGCGACAGGGUGGAAACAUGGUAAUGAAGGUGUAAUUAGGGCUGAGACAGGGUGGAAACAUGGUAAUGAAGGUGUAAUUGGGGCUGAGACAGGGUGGAAACAUGAUAAUGAAGGUGUAAUUAGGGCUGAGACAGGGUAGAAACAUGAUAAUGAAGGUGUAAAUAGGGCUGAGACAGGGUGUAAACAUGAUAAUGAAGGUGUAAUUAGGGCUGUGACAGGGUGGAAACAUGAUAAUGAAGGUGUAAUUAGGGCUGAGACAGGGUGGAAACAUGGUAAUGAAGGUGUAAUUGGGGCUGAGACAGGGUGGAAACAUGAUAAUGAAGGUGUAAAUAGGGCUGAGACAGGGUGGAAACAUGAUAAUGAAGGUGUAAAUAGGGCUGAGACAGGAUGGAAACAUGGUAAUGAAGGUGUAAAUAGGGCUGAGACAGGGUGGAAACAUGAUAAUGAAGGUGUAAUUAGGGCUGAGACAGGGUGGAAACAUGGUAAUGAAGGUGUAAAUUGGGCUGCGAUAGGGUGGAAACAUGAUAAUGAAGGUGUAAUUAGGGCUGAUACAGGGUGGAAACAUGAUAAUGAAGGUGUAAAUAGGGCUGAGACAGGAUGGAAACAUGAUGAUGAAGGUGUAAUUAGGGCUGAGACAGGGUGGAAACAUGGUAAUGAAGGUGUAAUUAGGGCUGCGACAGGGUGGAAACAUGAUAAUGAAGGUGUAAAUAGGGCUGAGACAGGGUGGAGACAUGGUAAUGAA